GGCUUGAAGAGUGGUAUGCAAAUGAUGAUGAUGAAGAAAUACAAUCAAGUCUAAAUAAUGAUGUGGACUACAGUACUGGUGCUGUUAAUGAUGAAGGAGAAGACAGUGAUGUAAUAUUGGAAGUCCAGGAAAUUCCGGAUGAACCCUUUGAGAUUGACCAAACAUCUAAAGCCGUGGAUGUACCUAUGCCGGAUACACCAUCUACCAAUGUUCUACCUAAAGGACGAAAACGACGACUGCCAUCAUCCACUCUGGGAUCUAAAAGGGAUAGGACCGUUAAUGCCUUGGCAAAAAAAAUAAAAGAAACUAGUGAUGCCAACUGGAGCAGAAUGUCAUCAAUGUUGGAAAGAAUGCGAAAGGAAGACCAAAAAGAAAGAGAAGAAAUGACAACUCUGAUGAAUACACUAACAUCAGUACUGGAAAGGGGGAAUAAAGACCGUCAGGAGGAAAGGCAAGCAAUGAGGGAGGAAAGGCUAGAGGAACGGCGUGCAAAAGAUGCAAACAUGGCCAGUCUCCUUUCAUUCAUGCAAGCACAACAAUUUAAUCCAGCAACAUAUUAUUACAACAAUCAUCAGUUUAAUUGAUUAACAUGAAAAUCUAAACCGUAAAACUUCUAAUAAUAACCCAUUACUCUAAAAUAUUAACCCACCAUAUAAGUUAAUCUACAAUAAUAAUCCACUUCUGUAAUUACUAGUUAAAGGGCACAUAGAAACAAAUUAUUAUAUCCAUUGGCAUUACAUUUACAGUAUUUUUUUUUUUUUAAUCGAUGAGGGAGGAUGUUUUUUUUUUAAUUAGCAGUUUUACGGUAACUAAACUAUAUAAUUAUAAUACAUUGUUAAAAAGGUUGUUUUAUAUAUAAAAAGUAAUUAAAUGUAGUACAGUUUGUACAGCAUGUUUUUUGUAAAUAAUUGAUGAUUAAUACUUACCUAGUAUUCCUAGUAGUAGUAGGCCAUUGCCUAUCCAACCUUUAAUAUUUAAUUGAUGCAAAACUAGUCGUUUUCAAUGCAUGAGUUGAUAUAGAUAAUCCUACCAGUGUCGUAAUUAAUUUACCAAAACCUUUCAUAAAUAUUUAACUUGAAAUUCCAACAGUAGUAAUAUGUAGUAAAGUCUUAAUUAUUCUAGUAAUGUA